UGAAACCUGAAGCAGAGUUCAGCCAGUCUCAGAUGUUUGGUCUGCACUGCACGAGCGCCGCUUCCGAUUUCGGGAUUUCCGACCAGCUCUUGAACACAACAGCAGCACGACCAGCCGUCAUUCCAGACGAUGUGGAUGAAUGUCUUGACCUACAUAGCGGUCCAUCAUAACUAACCUAGAUCGUUUAAGUAAUACUGAAAACGUGGAGGGCAACAAGACUGAUCAGUGGAAAAUAACUGCCCAGGCGUUGGCUUGAUGAUAUCAACAAGAUCUCGCUGGAAAUGGCAGAGGAAAACACACAGUUUUGCGGAAACUGCAAGCAUGAUAUACCAGAAGCUAACUUUACCACUCAUGAGAUGCACUGUCGCAGAAAUAUUGCCCUUUGUGAUGUGUGCCAGGAGCCUGUCCCACGGGCAGAUCUGCAGCAGCACAGAGAUCAGGAGCAUGCACAGGUGCAGUGCAAGUGUGGGUUAAAGGUGGAGAAGAGACUGAUGGAGACCCAUCAGACUUCAGAGUGCCCCCAGCGCAUGAUCCCAUGUCAGUACUGCAACCUAGAGUUGGCCUUUGUCCAGGCCGGGGAUCAUGAGGACUACUGUGGCACCCGCACCGAGCCCUGCCCUGUGUGCAAGUGCAACGUGAUGCUGCGGGAGCGUGACAUCCACCCGGCCCUGUGCGGGAGCCUCACCCCUCCCCAGGAGAGGAGCAGCUCCAUCUGGGCAGCAGAGCCCCAGUCGCCCGGCGCCUGGUUCGAGGCCCACUCCAUCCACAAUCUUCUGAGGGCCCAGGAGCGGCUCCACAACAACAACAAUGCCGGCUCAACGGACUGCAGAGCGCCACCUCGGCCAAUAGAGGGCAGACUGCACAACAGCACCCGAGGGACAGUGGGGACGAGAGGCAGGAGGAACACUGCGCCCAGGAACAACGAAUUCAGCCGCUUGCUGGAGCAGGAAGCAGAGUUGGGGCACAACAACAACAGUCUGCUGUGGCCCCCGGGCCCGUUUCCUAGCGAUGACACCUCCAGCCUGGACUACCUGCUGGCCCUCAGUCUGGAGGACAUGGAUGGCCAGGAGGGUGUGUGGACAGACGUGUGGGACCACCAGUUCGGCAGGACCCCUGUCCACAGCAGCCUCCAGGCACCAGCCAACAACAACUACUGUAACAUCGCACCCCCUAGAGGACCUGCAAACCACAGCCCAUCAGAGAUCAUGCUUCCCUGUGAGUUCUGUGAGGAGCUGUUUCCAGAAGAGGACCUCAUUCUUCACCAGACGGGUUGCAGCCCUGCUUCAGCUAUUGCGUCUUUCAGCAAGCAGCCCCAGUCUCUCCCCUACGAGAGCAGCACAGGCCAGGUUGGAAGCGGCCUGUUGAACAUGCCCGCAUGCCCUCCGAGUCCUCCCACCCUCCCUCGCUCAGUCUCCCCACUCUACUGCAGUCCACCCUCCAGUCCCCUAGAGGGCGACGUGCUCAUUCCAUGCGAGUUCUGUGGCGUCACACUGGAGGAAAGCGUUGUCUUUCACCACCAGGAUAAAUGUGACUUCCGACCACAAACAGCUUAUCCAGCGGAAAAAGUGUCUGCACAGAAGCCUCUGUUUCCACCCAGAGAAGCGGCAAGGAACUCACCUGAGCGCCAACGGAGGCUACGACACCAAGCGGACCCAGAAGAGGACCUCCUGGGCCAGGCCUCGCUAGGAUGGUCCAGGACAGGGGCGUCUCCAAGGGAGCCCUGGAAAGCCUCUCCCCACGCCGGCCUGCUCCCCCAUGGGAAGAACACCAACUCCGACCUGCAGGGGAAGAACAAGCUUCACCGUGGAGGAGGGGACGGCCAUGGCGGCUCGCCUGCAAACUACAGCCCCACAGUCAGCCCCACAACAGCUCCAGGCCAUCCAUUCAGAGGAAGGUCAGAGGGACGCAGAAGCCAGCGAAACGCGGGGGUUGCUAAGGGAUCCAAGAAACAGAAUGUGGAGAAGGAAGAGUCUUGAGGCGUGACAAAGAUGACCACAUCAUCGUAUGCUCUUUGCACUGACUGCAGGAGGCUAAACUUAAUAUUUGUGUGUGUGUGUGUGUGUGUGUGUGUGUGUGUGUGUGUGUGUCUGAGCGUCUGUGUAUGUUUGUGUGUGUGUGUGUGUGUGUGUGUGUGUGCGUGUGUGUGUGUGUGUGUUUGUCUUAAAGGGAACAACAGCGAUUUGACAAAAUCACACCAUUUGUUGCAUGUUAAGAAAUACAUCAGUGUUUCAGUGACAUUAUAGAAUAAACAGGACUACUCUAGAGCAGGGUAGGUGAGUAAAUUGGCUGCAGUGGCUAAUCUCUGGAUCAUAUGCAGGGAGAGCCUAUCUUGAGAAUGGUCAGGUGAACUUUAAAUGUUGUUGAGGCAUUUUGUUUCUGAAUCUGCAACGAAUUGUGUCAUUUUUGAAGAUCCUUUGCACUCUCAUUUUGAAUGUAAGACUUCUGUGGCUUCUGACCAAUGUAAUGCUUUUCUUGCACUACAUGUGUGUCUAUGUUAUUCCUAAUUUUACAUAAUGUAUACCUUCUCCUUUUUUAUACUUUCUCCUUUUUAAAAGUAAAUUCUUUGUUCAACAAAAAUAUGGAAGGAUAAUUUAAGUUUUAUAUUAUAAACUAUGUAUGUCUAAAUGCAAAUUGUGGUGUUCUUGAUAAUAGCCUAUAUUGGGGUUGAUAUAAGUCUGAGUUGGUCAAUCUGUGUUGACAUCUAGCUGACCGUUUGAUCUGAAACUAUUCAGACAUGUUUUUAUUCGUUCGGCAAGUUUGUUGUGCAUAUCUUGGGAGAGAAAAAUGUGUAAAGGCUGGUCAAUAGAAAAAGUAACUCUGCCUGUUUACGCUGCCCCCCCAAAGAACAGGGUCCAAAGCAUAUUUGUGAUUUAACCAGAAAUCCUCAUGCAAUACAUCAUGUCCUCUUUUGUGAAAACACUAUAAUCUGAAUAAAGGAUUCUAAUGAA